AAUUUUUUCUGUGCAGUGAAACUGUUCUGUUCGCGUGCCGAUCGCAAAUGUCGUUACGGAAUUGUUGAUACCAAAUGCGAGUCACGGCGAAACGGUUAUUUCGGAAUUCUCAACUUGCCAAGUUUGAUCGGAAUGGCAAAAUGCUGAUUCAUCUGUUGGUCGUCGUUUCGCUCAUGGAAGCAAUUGGCGCCUUUCAGCCGGAGUUCGUGGAGACCAUUUCCAACGUGUCCGUGGCUGUCGGACGCGAUGCAACCUUCACGUGUCACGUCCGACAUUUGGGCGGCUAUCGGGUGGGCUGGCUCAAAGCGGACACGAAGGCGAUCCAGGCCAUUCACGAGAACGUGAUCACGCACAAUCCGCGAGUCACCGUCAGUCACUUGGACCAAAACACGUGGAACCUCCAUAUAAAGGCUGUUUCCGAGGAGGAUCGCGGGGGUUACAUGUGCCAACUGAACACGGAUCCUAUGAAAAGUCAGAUCGGCUUCCUGGAUGUCGUGAUUCCACCGGAUUUCAUCAGCGAGGACACCUCCUCCGAUGUGAUUGUGCCGGAGGGCAGUUCCGUGCGAUUGACAUGUCGAGCCCGUGGAUAUCCGGAACCGAUUGUCACCUGGCGGCGCGAAGACGGCAACGAGAUUGUCCUGAAGGACAAUGUGGGCACCAAGACCCUGGCGCCCUCGUUUCGCGGCGAAGUGUUGAAGCUGUCAAAGAUCUCGAGGAACGAGAUGGGCUCCUAUCUGUGCAUCGCCUCCAAUGGAGUGCCCCCAUCGGUUUCAAAGCGCAUCUCCCUCAGCAUACACUUUCAUCCGGUCAUCCAAGUGCCGAAUCAAUUAGUCGGCGCACCACUUGGCACUGAUGUCCAAAUCGAGUGUCACGUCGAGGCCUCGCCCAAAUCAAUUAACUACUGGAUUAAGGACACGGGUGAGAUGAUUGUGACAUCGGGAAAGUAUCAUGUCCAAGAGAGUUCGCAGUCCAUGUACGAGACCAAAAUGUCGAUGAUAGUCAGGAAGUUCCAGAAGGACGAUGUCGGAUCCUAUCGCUGCAUAGCCAAAAACUCUUUGGGCGAAGUCGACAGCAGUAUCCGUUUAUACGAAAUCCCCGGACCGAAUCGUAAUAAAAAUCCGCUGAACGGCGGUGGAAAAGGGGGAGGUGGAGGGGGCGGAUCUGCCGGCGGAAGCAUGGAUGCGGAUGCCAAUGACAUUUUGAAGCAGAAACAACAAGUCAAAGUCACCUACCAGCCGGAGGAUGAGGAGUUGCAGUACGGAUCCGCCGAGGAUUUCGAGGCGGAGGGCGGGGAGAACGGCGGAUUGACACCGUUAUCGCCGCACGUUUACUACACCAGCGGCAAUAAACCGGCCACACAUAAGCCGGGCAACUCCGGCGGCAAUCAGCAUCAGCAUCAACAUCAGCAGCACCACCAUCACAACCACCACCACCAGCAGCACGGUGGCGGUGGGCCGGGGUCACCUGGCGGUGGGUCGGGGUCACCAGGUGGCGAAAUGGGCGGCAUCACACGUAAGCCCCCGCCCUAUUACGGCGGCAAUACGGAAGUGCGCGGCCCCAUCGACAACAACGAAAUGAGCUCCGGCUCCGGACUGCGUCGGGGUCACCACUCGCCCCUGCCCCUGCCCCUGCUCCUCCUCCCCGUCCUCCCUCUCAUCCUGCCCAGGAGUUGGCACUGUCGACAGCCGCUCUUAAUGGGCUUGUCGACGGUGUCUGGCCUCCUGCUCAGCCUCAGCCUCUUAUAAUACACAGUCUAAUGGACUCUACCCAGCGCAUUCAACAACAGACUCAACAAUACAUGGUCGCAACGAAGGAGUAGCUGGUCAGAAGGACUCUACAACAGGACACUCAUCAACAACACGUUGUAGUGUUAAAUACUCACUUUAAGGAUAUCAACAACACUUACACCAUUACACACCAGAAAAAAAAAACCAAUAUGGUGGUGAGUAAAGUAAAGUCCAAGGGGCUGUAUGCAUUCACCAAUCACUAGGCAACAUUGUUCAUCAACGCUCUCUGCGACAGAGUCAACAAGACAUUUUUUUUAUUGGUAAAAAUCAAUCUAAAUAAUUUAAAAUUGUCGAGGAAAAAAACACACAUUACUAGGUUUUUAAUUCAAAGUCCAAGGGACUUUACAAAAACUCAACAACACAUUCACCAACAGUCUCCAAAACACAAACUCUCAAUCAUAAAACACAAAUGUUUAAGUAUGUAAAAGUCCAAGGGACUAAACAUUCAAUCACACUUUCAUCAACAGUCUCUGAAAGAAGUACUCUCAACCAUAAAGUGACCCAACCAUUUAAAAACACAUGUUGUAGUAGCAAAUGUUAAAUUGUUUAUAACAUAAAUGAAAAGCAAAAAAAAAAAACA